GCCGUGCACCCAUGCACUUGGGGUACAAACGCUCCCAAAGCCGCACCCCUGCCUUAGCAAUCAUUAAUCACCCCGGGCUGAGAAGGAGGCAGCAGCCAGCAGGAGAAGGCUGGGUGUCCACAGCCCCCUCAGAGCAGCGGGAGCAGCGCUGACCGGUUCCCUGGGGUGGCAGCUUCACUGCCCGGCCACCCUCCCCUGGGAGGCCCUGUGGAGGUGGCCGGUCCUGCACGCACUGCCCUUUCCUCCAGGAAGGUCACUCAGUCCAGGACACCAGAGGCUCUGCCUGCUUCUGGAGCUGCUGGGCUACGCCUGAGCUGGGGGCUCUGAAGAGGAGUUUGUGCCUGGCUGUAGCGCAGCCUUCAUCUGUUCGCCAUGCAGCACAAGGCAUUUUGGAGUGUCCUGGAGUACACCUGCCGAUUGCUGGGCAUCUCCACCGCAGCAGUGCUGAUCGGUGUGGGCGUAGAAACUCUGCAGCAAGGACAGUUCAAAAGCCUGGCUUUCUAUCUGCUUUUUUCAGGGGCUGCAGUUGCUGUCUGUGAAGGCUUCUUCUUUAUCAGUUUGUUCCUGGAGAUGUGCUUCACUCAUAAGCCUGAAUUCCUGGCACAGGCCUGGUGGAAACGAGCUAGACGCCCAGGGAGCUUCCAGAAAUUCCUGGGGUACACGCUGCUCUCAGUGGCUUGCUUCCUGCAUCCCGUCCUCGUCUGGCAUGUCACCAUCCCUGGGUCCAUGCUGGUGCUCACUGCCCUGGCCUACUUCCUGCUGAGCAAGAGGAGCAAGAGCCCAGGGCACAAAGAGACACAUCCCCAGGCAGGUCAGUACGUGGACCCUUCAGCCACUGAGGCAGCCCCAACCAUCAUUGGUGACACUGAGCAGACCUACACCUUCCACGGGGCCCAGAGGGAGCAGCACCGCUCGCUGCUGGGCCAUAUGAAGAGCAUCCUGAAGGGCAGCAAGGACAGGAGCUCAGCCCCAGAAACUCCUGUCCAACCAGCAGCCGUGCCAGUCCCUCGCAAGCAAGUGCACUUUCAGGACAAGGUGGUGCAGAUCAUCCCCUCUGUCAGCGAGAGCUUGGAGGAUGUGGAGAGUGAGACUGAGGAGACCACAUCAGACACAACACCCAUCCUCACCCCACCUGAUGCCCCCAUCAUCAUCGCCCCUCUCAGCUCUGCCGGCCUCUUUUGAGCCCUCAGCAGGAAUGAGGACAGGACAGACCUGCUACCCUGGCUCCAGCAGCCAAAGGGCCCCAGGAGAUGGCCCUUUUUGCCUUCCAUACUGUCGGGGUGACAGCUGUGCCACCCCCUCUUCAGGGAGCUGCCUGCGCUCCCUGGUGCCACGCAUUGUGGCAGGCCCAGGGGACAGGCGGUGGUUCAGCCAGGUUCAGCCAGCACAGAGAGGUUUCUGUCCCACAGCCGUGUCACCCCCGCUCAGCUCUGCACACACUGCAGGGCUCCUGCCUGGCACCCAGCCACGCUGUGUGCCUCCCUUCUGGCAGCAGCAGGCAGGAGGAGGGGACACCUCCAUGCCCCAGAGCAGCCUCUGCUGGGGCACUCGUGUCCCUCUGCACAUUGCAGAGCUCAGGGCUGGGCUGCAUCCAGCACAGGGCACUGCAGCCUGCAGGUUCCCUCACAGCACCUGCACCUACACCAGCACCUCGAGACAUGCAGAACAUAUGUCAGAGGUGGGCUGAAAACAAGAACACAAGUACACCCCUGGCAUUAGCACCUGCUUUGUACGCCCCCAGGCACUCUCUGAGCCCAGCAGGGAAAUCAUCCCUGGCCUUGGGGACACCUAAGCAGGACCAGAGGCCUUCUGGGUGUCCCCUGCUUGGACAGACCCCUUGAAUUAGAAGAAUUUUGGGAUUAUAUGGCAUCCCAGGUCCCAAGGUUCAGCACCACGCUGGCACAGCAGACUGUGUGUAACUCCAGUGUGUGUGUAAUUAUGGCCCCCAGAGGGCAAAGGCAAUAAUAAAAUUACCAUACUGUCUCACCAGUUUCUUCCAUGCCAGCUCCUCCCUGAACCCCUUAACUCUGUCUUAAUCCUGGCAUAACUUCUGCCUUGAGGACCACUCAGUUGUAAUCAAGGAUUUCCUCCUAUUCAGCUCCCACCUGAGGACAUGUGGGAAGAGCUCAGGUGGUUGGGUUCCCUUGGACUUGGGACAAGAAGCUGUACUGUCACUGCUGCUGGGAUGAAAAUGUGUAACUGCUCUGAGCCCAGACACACAGCACUGUGGGGAAGUGA